GCCGACAUUGGUUUGAGACAUUCGUGUAAAUAUAAAGAAAAAAAAAAAGGACAAAUAUAAUUUUAGAGAGGAAGAAACGAAACAAAAGAAAGCUGUUGCAAGUUUUUCAAACAAUAUACACUAAGACUGUACAGCAACAAAAGAUUGAUUGUAUUCUUUUCGGUAUUUAAAUCAGAUUCACAACACAAGAAGUGUACUUUCGGAAAUAGUUGCUUACCAGUAUCUUAGAUAGAAAAUACAAUUAAUACAUUUCAAAGGUUUUUUUUUUAAGGCUAGUUUUUUUUAUUCGCAAGGAUUCUCACAUUGCCGGUUAAGCCAAAAGAUCUUGACAACAAGCGCCACCUCCUAAGGGACCCCGGUCAGCCAACACACACACACAAGUUCAAUGACGAUGUUAAAGAUCGACGCCGUGACCCAGUGUGUGGCUCUGGUCUGCAUAGUUGUCCUGGCAGUUCAAGUGGCAGCAUCACCGUCAACUGUUGUAAGUAACAGGUCGAGGCGCAUGUCUUUGUUGUUUUGUUUUUAAUAAGCAGGAGGAAAUAAGAAGAAAAAACCACAAGCCCACAAGAAAUAUUUUUCUUAUUGGAGGGGGGGGGGGGUAAGGGGGGGGGGCGGAGCUACCAACGGCCAGUCCUUAAGAAAUGUCACCUUCAAUAAUGUUUUCUUAAAAGUCAUGUGGAUGGGUGUGUUUGUGUUUUGUUUUUAAUAAGCAGGAGGAAAUAAGAAGAAAAAACCACAAGCCCACAAGAAAUAUUUUUCUUAUUGGAGGGGGGGGGGUAAGGGGUGGGGGCGGAGCUACCAACGGCCAGUCCUUAAGAAAUGUCACCUUCAAUAAUGUUUUCUUAAAAGUCAUGUGGAUGUGUGUGUUUGGGUGUGUUCGUUUGUAUGUUUGUGUAUGUACCUUUCUAUUUUAUGAAUUUAUAUAUUACAAUUCUGGUUAUAUUCUUUGGACAACUUAAGUUUUCAAUUCAAUAUUUAACAAACAGCCCCAUGUCCUAACUUGUCUCCCCUUACAGAACUUGUCUCACAUCACACGAUCGUUCUACUCAAACUAUUUACUGUAAUGCACGUUUCUUGUUGAAUGUUACCAGAGUUAAGUGUUAAAGAGUAUAAUGAUAAAUAUAAUAAUGUUACCAGAGUAUAAUGUCACCAGUGUAUAAUGUUAGCAGGAUAUAAUAUUACCAUGGUAUAAUUUAACCAGGGUCUAAUGUGAUCAGGGUAUAAUGUUAUCAUGGUAUAAUUUUAACAGGAUAAUAAUGUUACCAGGGUCUAAUGUAAUCAGGGUAUAAUGUUAAUAGGGUAUAAUGUUACCAUGAUAUAAUUUUAUCAGGGUCUAAUGUGAUCGGGGUAUAAUGUUAUCAUGGUAUAAUGUUACCAGGUUAUAAUGUUUCCAGUGUAAAAUGUUACUAUGGUAUAAUGUUACCAGGGUCUAAUGUAAUCAGGGUAUAAUGUUACCAGGGUCUAAUGUAAUCAGGGUAUAAUGUUACCAGGGUCUAAUGUAAUCAGGGUAUAAUGUUAACAGGGUGUAAUGUAAUCAGGGUAUAAUGUUACCAGGGUCUAAUGUAAUCAGGGUAUAAUGUUACCAGGGUCUAAUGUAAUCAGGGUAUAAUGUUACCAGGGUCUAAUGUAAUCAGGGUAUAAUGUUAACAGGGUCUAAUGUAAUCAGGGUAUAAUGUUACCAGGGUCUAAUGUAAUCAGGGUAUAAUGUUAACAGGGUCUAAUGUAAUCACGGUAUAAUGUUACCAUGGUAUAGUGUUACCAGGGUCUAAUGGUUCCCCAGUAUAAUGUUACCAUGGUAUUAUGUUACCAUGAUCUAAUGUUACCAGGGUAAAUUGUUACCAGGGUCUAGCGUCAGGGUAUUGGUCAACCUCAGAUGGAGGUCAAUCUGAGAUGAUGAAAACUCCAACUACAAUAAACUGUGCAGGUGACACACUUUGGUGUUAAGACUUGAAGCUAAAGGACCUUUCUGAAACUCCGUCAGCGCCAGGAAGUAACGAGCAUUCGACCUACUUUUGGACCCCCACCCCACCCCACCACAAUUGCAGGAAAAUGUUUUUAAAAGGGUACUUGGUGUGUGUGUGUGUUUGGGGGGGGGGGGCGUGUUUGAUGAUUAGUAAAAACAUUCUAAAUAAAAAAUAUCUACUUCGUACAGCUUUCGUUGAUUGUUAGUUUUCCAGCGAGUUUACACCUUUGUUCCAGCGAGUUUACACGUUUGUUCCAGCGAGUUUACACCUUUGUUCCAGCCAGUUUACACGUUUGUUCGAGCGAGUUUACACCUUUGUUCCAGCGAAUUUACACCUUUGUUCCAGCGAGUUUACACCAUUGUUCCAGCGAGUUUACAUCUUUGUUAAAGCGAGUUUACACCUUCGUUACAGCGAGUUUAACCCUUUGAGAUAGCGAGUUUACACAUUUGUGAUAGCGAGUUUACACCUUUGAUAUAGCAAGCUUACACCUUUGUGAUAGCGAUUUUACACCCUUGUUAUAGCGAGUUUACAUCUUUGUUAUAGCGAGUUUACACCUUUGUUAAAGCGAGUUUACACCUUUUUUCCCAGCGAGUUUACACCUUUGUUAGAGCGAGUUUACACCUUUGUUAGAGCGAGUUUACACCUUUGUUAGAGCGAGUUUACACCUUUGUUAAAGCGAGUUUACACCUUUGUUAGAGCGAGUUUACACCUUUGUUAGAGCGAGUUUACACCUUUGUUAAAGCGAGUUUACACCUUUGUUAAAGCGAGUUUACACCUUUUUUCCCAGCGAGUUUACACCUUUGUUAGAGCGAGUUUACACCUUUUUUAGAGCGAGUUUACACCUUUGUUAAAGCGAGUUUACACCUUUUUUCCCAGCGAAUUUACACCUUUGUUAGAGCGAGUUUACACCUUUGUUAAAGCGAGUUUACACCUUUGUUAAAACGAGUUUACACCUUUUUUCCCAGCGAGUUUACACCUUUGUUAUAGCGAAUUUACACCUUUGUUAGAGCGAGUUUACACCUUUGUUAAAGCGAGUUUACACCUUUUUUCCCACCGAGUUUACACCUUUGUUAGAGCGAGUUUACACCUUUGUUAGAGCGAGUUUACACCUUUGUUAGAGCGAGUUUACACCUUUGUUAAAGCGAGUUUACACCUUUUUUCCCAGCGAGUUUACACCUUUGUUAGAGCGAGUUUACACCUUUGUUAUAGCGAGUUUACACCUUUGUUAAAGCGAGUUUAAGCCUUUGUCAUAGUGAGUUUAAUCCUUCGUUACUGCGAGCUUACACCUUUAUUAUAGCGAGCUUACACCUUUGUUAUAGUGUGUUUACACCUUUGUUAUAGCUAGUUUACACCUUUAUUAUAGCGAGUUUACACCUUUGUUAUAGCGAGUUUACACCUUUGUUCCAGCGAGAUUACGCCUUUGUCAUAGCGAGUUUACUCCUUCGUUACUGCGAGCUUACACCUUUAUUAUAGCGAGCUUACACCUUUGUUAUAGCGAGUUUACACCUUUCUUAUAGCGAGUUUACACCUUUGUUAUAGCAAGUUAACACCUUUGUUAUAGUGAGUUUACACCUUUGUUAUAGUGAGUUUGCACCUUUGUUUUUAGCCAGUUUACACCUUUGUUAUUGCGAGUUUACACCUUCGUUCCAGCGAGUUUACACCUUCGUUACUGCGAGUUUACACCUUUAUUAUAGCGAGCUUACACCUUUAUUAUAGCGAGUUUACACCUUUGUUAUAGCGAGUUUACACCUUUGUUAUAGCUUGUUUACACCUUUGUUAUAGCGAGUUUACACCUUUGUUUUAGCGAGUUUACACCUUUGUUAUAGCGAGUUUACACCUUCGUUCCAGCGAGUUUACACCUUUGUCUGUUGGAGACUGUUGCAUGCUAAAAUAAAAGAGAAACAUAUUUGAAGUCUGAGCAACCAUUAUUACGUUAACCUAUAGGGGCACGGAAAUAUAGUUUAAAUAAAUAUAACAUUGAUUAGAAUCCAGUGUAAUGUCAAUGAUUUUAUGUGUCAGGCCUGUCAGAUGAAUCAAGUAUUGUCAACAAAUGGCCGGUGGAGAUAUUUUUGACAAAAAACAACUAAUUUUGUGUUGUUUAUAACACUGUUAAGCUUCACGUUUUGUUUUUUUAAAAAUUAUUCUGUCUCAGAAUAAAAUUAUAAUAUGUAGCAUGGGCGCCCGCAAGGGGUGGGCAAGGGGGGCAGUUGCCCCCCCCCCAUUGUCCGGAUACAUUUUUUAAAGAUAAAAAUAGACAAAAAAAAUUUUAAAGUAAAGAGAAAGUAACUAAGCAGAUGUCCUGUCCGUUCGUUCGUUCACCAUAAAAAUACGCUACAGUAAAUUAAAACUACAUUAAAACAUUACUAAACAUUUUUUGCAUCCCCCCUUAGAAAGUUUUCUGCGGGCGCCCAUGCUUUGUACCAUUAUAAAUUAAAAUCUGUAUCGCAGUUAUGCCCUCUUAUAAGAUAAGAUUCAUAGAAGUAUACUCACAUGCAUAAUUGACAAGGUAUAAGAUAGUCAUAGAAGUAUACUCAGACGUAUAGUUGACAAACUAUAUGAGUCAUAGAAGUAUACUCAGACGUAUAGUUGACAAAGUUUAUGAGUCAUAGAAGUAUACUCAGACGUAUAGUUGACAAAGUAUAUGAGUCAUAGAAGUAUACUCAGACGUAUAGUUGACAAAGUUUAUGAGUCAUAGAAGUAUACUCAGACGUAUAGUUGACAAAGUAUAUGAGUCAUAGAAGUAUCACAGCGCGGAGAUUUGAAUGUUUUUAACCUCAUAAUUUGAACAAGUAUAUUUUUAAAAUGUGUGCAAGUAAAAUCCCUUCGACAAAAGUGGUCGAUAAGGGAAUCUUCUUCAUUCGUAACCAAUGAUAAGUAUACGUCUUUAGCAUAUCAGGCUAGAAAUCUAAUAGGUCAGCACUUUCUAAUCAGUUCAGUACUUUCUAAUCAGUUUAGAAAUCUCAAAACAGUUCAGCAAUUUCUAAUCAGUUAAGCACUUUCUAAUUAGGUCAGCAAUUUUUAAUCAGCUCAGCACUUUCUAAUGAGGUCAGCGAUCUCUGAUAAGGUUAGCAAUGUCUAUUCAGGUCAGCAAUCUCUAAUCAGGUCAGCAAGCUCUAAUCAGGUCAGCAAACUCUAAUCAGGUCAGCAAGCUCAAAUCAGGUCAGAAAUCUCUAAUUAGGUCAUCAAUCUCUGAUCAGGUCAGCAAUCUCUAAUGAGGUCAGCAAUCUCUGAUCAGGUCAGCUAUCUCUAAUUAGGUCAGCAAUCUCUAAUGAGGUCAGCAAUCUCUGAUCAGGUCAGCUAUCUCUCAUCAGGUCAGCAAUAUCUGAUCAGGUCAGCAAUCUCUAAUCAGGUCAGCAAUUUCUAAUUAGGUCAGCAAUCUCUGAUCAGGUCAGCAAUAUCUGAUCAGGUCAGCAAUCUCUAAUCAGACCAGCAAUCUCUAAUGAGGUCAGCAAUCUCUGAUCAGGUCAACAAUCUCUAAUUAGGUCAGCAAUCUCUGAUCAGGUCAGCAAUCUCUAAUUAGGUCAGCAAUCUCUUAUCAGGUCAGCAAUCUCUAAACAGGUCAGCAAUGUCUGAUCAGGUCAGCAAUCUCUAAAUUGGUCAGCAAUCUCUGAUCAGGUCAGCAAUCUCCAAUCAGGCCAGCUAUCUCUGAUUAGGUCAGCAAUAUCUGAUCAGGUCAGCAAUCUCUAAUCAGGUCAGCAAUUUCUAAUUAGGUCAGCAAUCUCUGAUCAGGUCAGCAAUAUCUGAUCAGGUCAGCAAUCUCUAAUCAGGCAAGCAAUCUCUAAUCAGGCUAGCAACCUCUACUCAGGCAAGCAAUCUCUUAUCAGAUCAGCCAUAUCUAAUCAGGCAAGCAAUCUCUGAUCAGGUCAGCAAUCUCUAAUCAGGUCAGCAAUCUCUAAUCAGGUCAGCAAUCUCUAACUAAACAGGUUAGCAAUCUCUACUCAGGCAAGCAAUCUCUAAUCAGGUCAGCAAUCUCUCAUCAGGUCAGCAAUCUCUAAUCAGGUCAGCAAUCUCUAAUCAGGUCAGCAAUCUCUAAUCAGGUCAGCAAUCUCUAAUCAGGUCAGCAAUGUCUAAUCAGGUCAGCAAUCUCUAAUCAGGUCAGCAAUCUCUCAUCAGGUCAGCAAUCUCUAAUCAGGUCAGCAAUCUCUAAUCAGGUCAACAAUCUCUAAUCAGGUCAGCAAAUGUGUGUCACAGAUGGAAAUAGACGUGAUACUAAGAUGGUAAUAGAGGUGAUAAUUAGAUGGUUAUGGAGGGCAUACACAGAGGAUAAUAGAAUUGAUACUAAGAUGGCAACAGAAGUGAAACCCAUAUGGUAAUAGACGUGAUAUACAGAUUGUAAUAGAAGUGAUAGAAAGAUGGUAAUAGAAGUGAUAGUCAGAUGGUAAUAGAAGUGAUAGUUGGUAAUAGAAAUGAUAGUCAGAUGGUAAUAGAAGUGAUAGACAGAUAGUAAUACUAGUGGUAGUGAGAUUUUAAUAGAAGUGACAGUCAGAUGGUAAUAGAUGGGAUAAUCAGAUGGGAAUAGAAGUGACAGAUGGAGAUAGCAGUGAUAGUCAGAAUCCAUUACUGAAAUAAAAGCUGGAACUAAUAUUUAGCUUCGUGAUCCAGCCAAUUGUUUCUCUCCCCACAGGUUUUCCGGCCCCUCCGGAGUGCAGAGAGGCCCAGAAUCUGCUCCAGAAACACACCGUGUCUCUGGGCGUUGUGUGUCUGGUCUCAGGAUGUGUCCGCUACCAAGGAUAACUGCAUGUUUAUCCCAUCUGGGUCAGUGGAUUACCUGUUAUUGUGAUGUUAAUGGAUGGCGUUGACAAGGCCGCCAUAAAACAAUGUUUACAGUAACAGUUAAUGUUUACCCUUCUUAGCACAGGCGCCAGAGAACUCUAGUUGUAUGUUUACUCUAGCGACUCCACUGGGUUUGGAAUGUAAUUAUGGAUUGGAAUUUAUGAUGGAUUUUAAGUAUGAUCGAUUGGAAUUUAUGAGGGAUUGGAAUGUAUCAUGCAUUCGAAUGUAUGACUGAUUGGAAUAAUGAUUGAUUUGAAUUAUGCUUGAUUGGAAUGUAUAUUUGAUUGGAAUGUAUGAUUGAAAGAAUGUAAGAUUGAUAACGCUGUCGGUAAAGCAACUGCUUGUUCCUGACUUAUUCUAUUGAUUGAACUCCACAGAUGCAAGUGUCAGAGAGGACAGAGAUGCAGACGAACGGUAGAGAUGACACCUGACAACGGCUACUUAACAAUUCCUUUCACCUGCCAGUGAACAGAGGUCAUCGCCCCACGUAAACCUGUAAUACUCACCAGUCACCUGGUCCAAGAACAAAUCAAGGGGAAGCACUCAAUUAGAAACCAACAACCUCCAUUCCUUAUUUCAGCCCCUCCAAUGAAGAAAUGAUGUUUUGGGACCGAAGAUCUUUGAUUGACCAACUUUUCGAUGAUCUUGAGAUUAAGAUCCGCUUCAACGGACGUAGGAAACUUAGAAGAUCUUGUCAUUGUUUUCUUCCAUAACCUUUAACCCAUUGAGUCUUCUUUAACCUCUUGACCUUGACGUCCUCUUUAACUUAUUAACAUUGACGUCUUAUUUGACUUAUUGUCUUAUUUAACCUCUGGACGUCUUCUUUAACAUCUUGAACUUGACGUCUUCUUUAACCCAUUGACCUCUUCUUUAACACCCAUGGUUCUCAAGCAUUGAAUGAUUUAGUACUCGUCGCCUCAACCUUGAAUUUGUACUUCUCAUUGACUCACUCGCUCUCAGGGUUGGAAACUCAACAAAUAUACAAAUAUUACAGAAACAAAUUAUAACUUUUUAUUGAACCGAAUAUUUUUUUUUUCUUUUUACGGAUGCAUUUAAAAAAUCAAAAGCUAAAACAGGUCAAAUAUCAGUAGCAAAUAUUUUUAUUUCACUAUGUCUGUAUGACCGAUCAACAUAAAAGUUGAGACUAUUUUAGAAACUUAUUUUAUUUUAUGACAUUCUUAUCAUUUUUGUAAAAUGUCAAAUCUCAAAUGUCAAAUGUCACAUGUUUCAUUUCUUGCUAACGUUUAAGGACACGUGAUUUUAAAACAAAUUUUACGAUCUGCCGUAACAAACGGUUGACAAUGAUGCAGCCAAACCCCAGUAGCCUCACAAUAGUAGCCUCACUAUAGUAGCCUCACAAUACUAGCCUCACAAUAGUAGCCUCACAAUAGUAGCCUAAACAAUAGUAGCCUCACAAUAGUAGCCUCACAAUAGUAGCCACACAAUAGUAGCCACACAAUAGUAGCAACACAACAGUAGCCUCACAAUAGUAGCCUCACAAUAGUAGCCACACAAUAGUAGCCACACAACAGUAGCCUCACAAUAGUAGCCUCACAAUAGUAGCCACACAACAGUAGCCUCACAAAUGUUAGCCUUACAACAGUAGCCACACAGCAGGGAUCGUCAUCAGGUAACAUAAGGCAAUCCUCUGAACGUCAAUCUCAAUGAUUGUACCUUUGUGGAUAGGGCGGCAAUCUCUAUUGAAUAGUGAACGAAUCUUGUGUGCGUGUGUGUCAGGACGUUAUUGUAGGAGUGAGACAACACUUCCAAAAACACAGAUGUUGAAAUUAAUGAACAAUUGACAUAAAUUAAUGAACAAUUCACAUAAACAAAAG